GAGGAGGAGCCAGGAGGAGGAGCGAGGAGGGCCACACCGCCCCCGCCGCCCUGCGCCGCGCUCGGGGGCACCCGGCGGCGGGCCAUGGGCAGCACCGCCUUCCAGGGGUGGAAGAGCGAGCCCGGGCCCGCCGGCACGGAGGCCGGAGCUCGCCUGCGGGCCGAGCUCCUCCUGAGGCACCCGAGGGUGCACUGGCAGGGCUGGGGCUGCUCGCUGGCCUGGUGCGGCAAGGCGCUCGGCGGCUCGGAGGGUGCCGAGGCAUGGGCGGACCUCCUCUUCACGCUGCACGACGUGGGAGUGGAGCGCCUCUGGCCAGACCCCAAGUUCGCGGACCAGUGUCCACAAGGAACUAUACCAGGGCUUGGUCUCAACGUCGUUCGCUACAACGUCGGCGGAGUCGGGCGCGUUGAGGACCAGCUCGGCGAGAGACGCUCUGAAAAGAGCCGGGGCUGGCACUCCGAGAUCGAGGGCUUCUUGCCCACCCGAGGCGGCGAAUUCGAUUGGGACCGCGACGAGGCGCAGCGCAAAUUCCUCCAACUGGCCGUGGACCGUGGGGCGGACGAGGUGGAGCUGUUUGCCAACGCACCGAUGUGGUGGAUGAGUAGUUCGAAGUCGUCAUUCGGCGGUUCGCUAGAGAGCCCGGGCGAUUUCGCGGCCUACCUGGCCGAGGUGACGGCCCAUGCGCGCAGCGGCUGGCACUUGCCCGUGAAGUCUGUGGCGCCGUUCAACGAACCGUCCGCAGGGUGGUGGAAGUUCCCGCACGACCAGGAGGGUUGCAACAUUCCUGCCGACCAGCAGGGCCGACUCCUCCUGCGCCUCCGCGACGAGCUCGACAGCCGCGGGCUGGGCGACGUUGUUGUGGCUGCGAGCGACGAGAACCGGCCAGACACAGCGGAGAGAACCUGGAAGAAGCUGAAGACGGGCCCUGCGCACGGGUGCGUGGGGCGCAUCAACGUCCACUCGUACGACGGGCUGGAGCCCUGGAGCGAGGCGAAGCACCCCGGGGUGCGCGCCUCACUCCGCCGCCUCGUGGCCAGGGACGGGCUCCCACUGUGGAUGUCGGAGUUCGGGAGCGGGAGCAAGGGCGGCCUGGAGACCGCGCGGACCAUCCUGGAGGACCUGCACUACAUGAGGCCCACGGCGUGGUGCUACUGGCAGCUGGUGGAGCACCGGUGCUCGUGGGGCUUCGUGGAGGCCGAGUUUCGCCCGGACGGCUCGCGGGCGAUCACGCUGCCGCACCCCAAGUUCUAUGUCUUCGCCCAGUUCUCGCGCUUCCUGCGCCCCGGCAUGGAGAUGCUGCAGAGCACAGAGCCUUGGGUCGCCGCCGGCUUCUCUUUCCAGGAUGACGGCCGGGGACGGCUGGCCGCGGUGCUUCUCAACGAGGCCGCUGAGCCGCGCUGCCUGACCGUCCGGGCGCCCGGGUUCAGGACGAACGAGCGGAUUUCGCAGACAUUUGUGACCGAGCCCGACAGCGCGGUGUACCUCAGGGAGGGCCAGGGCGACGUGGCGAGCAGCGAGCUCGGCGGUGUCGAAGUCUGCAUCGAAGUCCCGCCUCGAGCCAUCUGCUCCGUGGUCGUUCCGGGGGUCUGGCGCGCGGUGGAGCCCGAUGGCAGCGACGGCGCCACGGUGUCUGUCGCGCUGGUGGAGGAGCUCGCGCGGCUCGCGGCCAGCGCCGCGUGCGCCGAGCGGAUCCUGCACGGCGAGCUGGACGUGCGAACGGAGCUGCUGAAGGCGCGAGUGGAGCACGCGACGAGCCGCGUUGCCCAAGGGCUUGAGGCUGUGCUGCCAGGCGACGGCUCCGCAGAGCGUAGGCGGCGCGAAGUGUCGGAGCUUCUGCAAGUCGUCUGGACCAGCGCGUGGGGGGCCGCCAACGAGCGCGUGUACGGCCCGGCGCAUGUGGAGUCGAAGUCGGCGUGGGAGAAGUUCAGGGCGGCGAGGAAGCAGUGCAGCCUGCGAGACGAUCUGAUCUGGGCCGUGUUCAACACGUCGUGGGCCGUGGUCAACGAGGCGCGGCUGGGCAAAGACAGCGAGGAUUACCGACGCGCCGAGGCGCGCGCCAGGGAGCACGUGGCCGCCCUCGGGGGGUUCUCGGCGCCUGCGCUGCCGGGGUGCGUGUUCUCCUCGCCGGACCUCGUGCCCUCGGCGCCCCGCUGGGUGGCGCUAGUCGGACAGGCGGAGGGCGGCACUGCGGAUCAACGUCUGCAUGAGGGCCCUGCGGGGAAGGCCGUCCUUGCCGCCGACCUGCUCGUGACCACGCCCCUCGUGGACGCCGUGCUCACCGCCAACGCCCUCCACGCAGCAGGCGGGACGGCGCGCGUGGUGGUGGACCCGGCCGCUUGCGACAGCCGGGCAACACUGCAGGCCCAUGGCAUCCCCAAGCCAGCCCUGCUAGACCGGGUGCCGUUGUGCGCCCGGCAGUGGGAGGGCUGGAGCGCUCUGCCCGACGCUUGGUGGCCAGAGGCGGCGGGGGAGGCGUCCGCUCGAGCGGAUGCCUUCCGAGAGUCUGUGCGCAAGCGCCCCGAGGACAGGGUCGUCUUCGUGGGCCAGGGCAGCUUCUGGCAGCUGGUCGCUGGGCGCUACGUUGACGCGGGGGAGGUCGUGUACUGCGACAGGCUCCUCGCUCGCUAGCGCUGCAUGGGGGAGAGGCGAGGCAGCCUUCCGAGGCUGCCGCAGAGCGCAGUCCAGCGACACGCUACCCCCCUCUUCUCUCCUCUCCCCAUCCCCUCCUCUCUCCCUCUCUCUCUCUCUCUCUCGCUCUCU